AUGCAUGGCAACACUCCCACGUCUUCCUACCCCAAUAGCCAGAUUAGCCGUACAUCCACAGGAGUGAUUUCCCAGCAGUCAACACUAGUUGGACAGCCCAUAAAUGCGACAGGAAGUGACGCAUUGGACGCGGCAGUUCGCAAGUUCAAAGCACGAUUAACGGGCACUGAUCUUACUGCAUUCCGAAGCACGACCUAUGAGGAAUUAUGUCGCGAGAUCUUGCGCAUUCAAUAUGAACAAGAACAGACUAAGUCUAUGGUUAACCUUGGCCGAAUCCAAUCUUUUUUGGAAGCCAUGGAUCAGUUCUCUAAGACCAUUGAGAUUUUUCUAAACGUAUCUGAUAUGGUCGCCUUCGUAUGGGGACCGAUCAAGUUCCUUCUUCUGACUGCCAGCACUGUUACCGACUCAUUCGAAACUCUUUUGGAAGCCUACUGUGAGAUAGGAGAACAAUUGCCCCUGCUGCAAGAGUACGAGAAGUUGUUCAAGGAGAACCCAUACAUGAUUCAAGCUCUUGAGUUGAUAUACAUCGACAUUCUCGAGUUCCAUCAGCAAGCUAUGCGGUUCUUUUCCGGAAGUCGAUGGAAAAAGUUCUUUCGCGCCAUGUGGAAAGACUUUGAUACAAAGUUCGGUGGGAUCAAGAAGAGCCUUUCUCGACACAAGGACCUGGUGGAACGUCGCGCAACGAUUUCACAAUAUCGUGUCUAUCGUGAAGACAUGGGGGAGACGAAAGCUAAGCUCGAGGAAUUGGUUGUCGAAGAACGAACUAAGAAGUUGGUAGCAGUGAAGGAGUGGUUUGCAGUCGGAUCGAUACAAGAAGAAGAUCAUUCGAAGUUCACAGGAAUUCGUGAAAAGUACAAAGACACUGGGAAAUGGAUCAUGAAAAAUGACAACAUCAAAGAUUGGAUGGACGCAGACAAUCCAGCUACACCUAUAGUCUGGCUGACAGGCAUGCCUGGCGCUGGGAAAACCAUACUGGCUUCGAGUCUCAUCGAUGCUUGCAAAUCAAAGACCACGUACAUUACAAGCUACUUUUACUGCCACUACGAAGGUCAAGGAUGCAACACUGCUGUCGGCGUUCUGAAAGGACUGAUACACCAGUUGUUGAGCCAGUACCCUGAUAUGCUACCACCCUGUCACACGAAGCGAACCGGAAGUGGCGAGCCAGUACUACGAUCUCUACAACUAGCCAAGAAGCUGUUCGAGGAUUUUUGCUCAAUACCAAAGAAGAUAUUCAUCAUCAUCGAUGGCUUGGACGAAUGUGAACAGAUCGAGCGCAAGCAACUGCUGGAGUUUCUUAUCGAAAUCGUCACUCAAUGUGACACCAGUGACCCAGGUAAACUCCGUGUAAUGGUUGUCAGCCGGGAUUAUGUGGACAUAAAGAGAGCCCUACACAGCUCAUCGGUCGCUAAGAUUGUACCUAACAUCGUUUCCAUGUCUGAAGCAGACAAUCGACACGAUAUUCACAGUUACGUUCGAAUCUGGGUGGACUGUAUCGCAGCCAAGAACGAACCGUUUGAUGAUGAGGCGAAGGAAUACCUCCGCAACCUGACUGUAGCACGGGCCAAGGGUAUGUUUUUGUAUGCUAAGCUGGUCAUGGAAAACCUUUCCCAACAGCCAACCCGAGGGGAUUUGUUAGACGCUAUCAGUGAAAACAACUUCCCAGAAAGUCUGAAAGAAGCUUACGAAAGAAUCGUGAGGCGGAUUAAACGAACAUUCGUCGUUGAAUGGCCGAAAGCGAAGAAACUAUUGGGCUGGAUGGUCUGCGCUCAACGACAGCUGACGUGGCGGGAAAUACAAGUAGCUCUUUCUAUCGACGUGGACAGCCGUAGUAUAGAGUAUGAUGACCGUCGCCUUCGGAACCAUAUUCACGACAUCUGUGGCUCUCUGGUGACGGUAUCUGGAAAUCGGGUCUCGUUGGUGCAUAGCACAGCAAGAUACUACCUCACAAAAGCUACUGAAGACAUCCACCAGCCAUCAGUAGAAUGUGAACUUGCCACGUUGUGCCUUCAGUACCUCACAUUUCCAUGUUUCCAGAUCAAGGAUCCGAUUGAGAAGCAGGAGCUUCGGCAAAUGAUGCUUGAGGGCCAAUUCGCAUUCCAAGAUUACGCGGUUGCAAAAUGGUUCCAGCAUGUUAAUGCGUUCGUCAAAUUUGGUAAGGACCUCUUGGAGGACUACACAAAAGCGGAAGAGCUUAUCAGGGGGUUAUCUCUCGCGAUCGACAGCUUCAUGGAUCAGUAUCAUGAGGAGAACUUCCAUGAAUCCGAGAAAAUCGUGGCUGAAUGUCGCCAAACUUGCAAGAGCUUCGAGGAACAAGAUUUCUACGAAGAUCUGGUAUCUUUGACCAGCCAUAUCUACACCUUCCAGAAGAAAGGGUUUGAAGCUCGGCACAAGAUCAGCAUUAAGGGUCUUGAGGAAGCGCUCAACCGUAACCGGAAACUAAUGGAGGAGACGGUGUCCAAACUUAAAGGUUCAGAAUUGGAGACUUUCAAAAACUUCUACGACAAUGAGAGACCGUACAAGUGCACGAAGAUCACUUGUAUGUACUUUUCCGAAGGUUUCAAGGAUGCCAAGUCCAAGAAGCGUCACGUCAACAUACAUGAUCGUCCUUUCCAGUGCGACGUUCCCGAUUGUCUUGGCGCGGAGGGAUUUUCCAACCACAAAGACCUGGAGAAGCAUACUCGCUCUUUCCACCCUGAGAUCAGUGAUCUUGCAGAGCGCUUCAAUUCAACGCAUAUCAAGAAGACAAAGGCAACGCAUACCUGUCCUCUAUGCGGGAAAUCCUUUACACGAAAGCUCAUCUUAGAAGACCAUGUGAGAAGCCACAAAGGGAUCAGGCUGAACGAAUGCGAGGAGUGUGGCAAAGCUUUCACUCGAAAGAAUGACCUAAGGAGGCAUCAGAAGAUCCAUGAACGCGGAAAAUGA